AUGGCGGCUCGACGGAGAAGUCUCCUCAAAACUGCUAAAACAAUAAAACCUGAAAAGAAAAUGAUAGAAGACGAUUAUUGUAGGACUUGUUUAAGUACUGAGGACCUUGUGCCUAUAUUUUAUAAUAAGGAAACAGAGCAAAAACGUUCAGAAGAUCUACGAUUAGUAACUGGUUUAGAGAUUAGAGUAAAUGAUGGACUCUCCCAAAAGAUCUGCAAUCAAUGCAUUGAAACUAUCCAAUUGGCUUUACAAUUUAGGAGGACAAGUAAAAAAACCGAGAAGGCCCUUCUUAAUAUGGCCUAUGGGAAAACAAAGAAAAGAUUACUCAAACCUAGUAAAGUAAGAGAGAAAAAGUUGCCAAAAGUAGAAAUAGAAGUUGAUUUUGAUGAUGCAUUCGAUGAUUUUCAAAAUGACUUAGACUAUUUAUAUGAUGAAGACGAGGACAAGUCUAAAAUAGAUAAAAAUCAACAAAAUAUGCAAUCGCAUUCAAAAGUGCCUGUAAAAAGAAAAAGAGAGAUCAUACCGAACGCUUCAUCUUAUAAAUGCAAUACAUGUGAUAAGGAGUUCCGGAUGAAAGCAACAUAUAAGGCACACAUCAGGUUUCACACAAAUUAUUGUGUUUGCGAGGCUUGCGGCAAGCGCUGCCGCAACAACAACCAGCUGCAGGAGCACAAACGAGCGCGACACGGCCUCGGACGCAUACAUAAGUGUGCGUACUGCGAGUACAGCUCUGCCACUAAGGAGGCUUUGACUAUACACGAGCGACGGCACACGGGCGAGCGGCCGUACGUGUGCGACCACUGUGGCGCCACCUUCCACCGCCGCUCCAACCUCGUGCAGCACAUCGCUAUACAUCUGCCCGAGAAAAACUUUCAGUGCGACAUGUGUCCGAAACGGCUAAAAUCCCGCAAGUUCCUACAAAUUCACAAGCACAACGCACACACAGGCAAGCGAUACGGCUACCUGUGCUCCAUCUGCGAGCACAGGUUCGAAAAGCCCAAUAAAGUGCGCGCACACACUCGACGGGUUCACGGCGUUCCGGACGACCAGCAGGGUCCGAUCUUGAUAUAUAACACUCAUCACGAUCGGACCUUUGUGGUUUCUGCGGAGGAUAAAUUAAGAAUUUCAUAUUUAAAUGCACCGGCAGAUUGUCCUGUGCUAACGGUGGCUGAGAUCUCA